GGCUCGGAGAGAGAGAGGGAGGGUGGCAAAGAGAGUGAGUCGGUGCCGCCGCCUGUCUAAGGAGAGAGGAGGGGUCCCGCUUGCCUGCGCCCUUCGCUGGCCGAGGGCACGAGACACCAGCGAACCUCUGAGGCCUCCCGGCCCCUGGGGACCCCGCCCCGCCGCCGGCCGACUGGCCCCGCGGCCUCUCUUCCCUUUGUGAGCGCCCCCUUCCCAGGGGUGGUGGUGGUGGCGGAGGGCUGUCCGUGGGCCCGCCCGCCGAGGGGCCGCGGCGGGGGACCGAUAGGGCCUCGGCUGUGUUAGGGCGCGAGGCGGCCGAGGCCCGGGCCGGUUACCCCGAGGCGGCAGCGGCGGCUCCCGGCACUUACACGCGCCAUCUUAGUUGAGCCCAAGCGCUGAGGGCGCCUCCUCGACCCCGGUCGUCCCCUCGCCGCCCCCCCCCCCCCUUGCCCCUUGUCGCAGAGCUUGGGCUGGGCGGCUUGCUGGGGCUUGGGGGGGGCGGUGGUGUGUCGCCUGGCCCCCUCCUCCUCACUCCUUGCUCUCCAGCGUAGCGGCUACCCAAGCGCUCCCCGGUAGCGCUCCUACCCGGACCCGUCGGCGAAAGGGUAUAUUAAUUGAACAGUAACACUUUAUAUGGAAUGUAGUUCAAGCUCCCCAUUUUAGAAGUGUAGUUUAUGCCAACGUGGCUUCAUUCAUACGGAUGAACCAAGGAUUGGGCUAGCGCUAUACAAUUAGAAUCAGACAGCUGAUUGCCCAGCAGGAUGCCAUCAACUAACCGAGCGGGCAGUCUGAAGGACCCUGAAAUUGCAGAACUCUUCUUCAAAGAAGAUCCAGAGAAGCUCUUCACAGAUCUCAGAGAAAUUGGCCAUGGAAGCUUUGGAGCGGUAUACUUUGCACGAGAUGUGCGCACCAAUGAAGUGGUGGCUAUCAAGAAAAUGUCUUAUAGUGGAAAGCAGUCUACUGAGAAAUGGCAGGAUAUUAUUAAGGAAGUCAGGUUUCUACAAAGAAUAAAACAUCCCAACAGUAUAGAAUACAAAGGCUGCUAUUUACGUGAGCACACAGCAUGGCUUGUAAUGGAAUAUUGUUUAGGAUCUGCUUCAGAUUUGCUGGAAGUUCACAAAAAGCCAUUACAAGAAAUGGAAAUAGCAGCAAUUACACAUGGUGCUCUCCAGGGAUUAGCCUACUUACAUUCUCAUACCAUGAUCCAUAGAGAUAUCAAAGCAGGAAAUAUCCUUCUGACAGAACCAGGCCAGGUGAAACUUGCUGACUUUGGAUCUGCUUCCAUGGCCUCUCCUGCCAAUUCUUUUGUGGGAACGCCAUAUUGGAUGGCCCCAGAAGUAAUUUUAGCCAUGGAUGAAGGGCAGUAUGAUGGCAAAGUAGAUGUAUGGUCUCUUGGAAUAACAUGUAUUGAACUAGCGGAAAGGAAGCCUCCUCUAUUUAAUAUGAAUGCAAUGAGUGCCUUAUAUCACAUAGCCCAAAAUGAAUCCCCUACACUACAGUCUAAUGAAUGGUCUGAUUAUUUUCGCAACUUUGUAGAUUCUUGCCUCCAGAAAAUCCCUCAAGAUCGCCCUACAUCAGAGGAACUUUUAAAGCACAUGUUUGUUCUUCGGGAGCGCCCUGAAACAGUGUUAAUAGAUCUCAUUCAAAGGACAAAGGAUGCAGUAAGAGAGCUGGACAAUCUGCAGUAUCGAAAGAUGAAGAAGCUCCUUUUCCAGGAGGCACAUAAUGGACCAGCAGUAGAAGCACAGGAAGAAGAAGAGGAACAAGAUCACGGUGUUGGACGGACAGGAACAGUGAAUAGUGUUGGAAGUAAUCAGUCUAUUCCCAGUAUGUCCAUCAGUGCCAGUAGUCAAAGCAGUAGUGUUAACAGUCUUCCAGAUGCCUCAGAUGACAAGAGUGAGCUAGACAUGAUGGAGGGAGACCACACAGUCAUGUCUAAUAGUUCUGUCAUCCAUUUAAAACCCGAGGAAGAAAAUUACAGAGAAGAGGGAGAUCCUAGAACAAGAGCAUCGGAUCCACAGUCUCCACCCCAAGUAUCUCGUCAUAAAUCACACUACCGUAACCGAGAACACUUUGCUACUAUACGGACGGCAUCACUGGUUACAAGGCAAAUGCAAGAACAUGAGCAGGACUCUGAGCUUAGAGAACAAAUGUCUGGUUAUAAGAGAAUGAGGCGGCAACAUCAAAAACAGCUGAUGACUCUGGAAAAUAAGCUAAAGGCUGAGAUGGACGAGCAUCGUCUCAGAUUAGACAAAGAUCUUGAAACUCAGCGUAACAACUUUGCGGCAGAAAUGGAGAAACUUAUCAAGAAACAUCAGGCUGCUAUGGAAAAAGAGGCCAAACUGAUGUCCAACGAGGAGAAAAAAUUUCAGCAACAUAUUCAGGCCCAACAGAAGAAAGAACUAAAUAGCUUUUUGGAGUCCCAGAAGAGAGAAUAUAAACUUCGAAAGGAACAGCUUAAGGAGGAGCUGAAUGAAAACCAGAGCACCCCCAAAAAAGAAAAACAGGAAUGGCUUUCAAAGCAGAAAGAGAAUAUACAGCAUUUCCAAGCAGAGGAAGAGGCUAAUCUUCUUCAGCGUCAGAGACAGUACCUAGAGCUGGAAUGCCGUCGCUUCAAAAGAAGGAUGUUACUUGGGCGCCAUAACUUGGAGCAGGACCUUGUCAGGGAGGAGUUAAAUAAGAGACAGACUCAAAAGGACUUGGAGCAUGCAAUGCUACUGCGACAGCAUGAAUCCAUGCAAGAACUGGAGUUCCGCCACCUCAACACAAUUCAGAAGAUGCGCUGUGAGUUGAUCAGAUUGCAGCAUCAAACCGAACUCACUAACCAGCUGGAGUAUAAUAAACGGAGAGAACGAGAACUAAGGCGAAAGCAUGUCAUGGAGGUUCGACAACAGCCUAAGAGUCUGAAGUCUAAAGAACUCCAAAUAAAAAAGCAGUUCCAGGACACCUGCAAAAUCCAAACCAGACAGUACAAAGCAUUAAGAAAUCACUUACUGGAGACUACACCAAAGAGUGAGCACAAGGCUGUUCUGAAACGGCUUAAGGAGGAGCAGACCCGGAAGUUAGCCAUCUUAGCUGAGCAGUAUGACCACAGCAUUAAUGAAAUGCUCUCCACACAAGCUCUGCGUUUGGAUGAAGCACAGGAGGCAGAGUGCCAGGUUUUGAAAAUGCAGCUGCAGCAGGAACUGGAGCUGUUGAAUGCAUAUCAGAGCAAAAUCAAGAUGCAGGCUGAGGCACAACAUGAUCGAGAGCUUCGGGAGCUUGAACAGAGGGUCUCCCUCCGCAGGGCACUCUUAGAACAAAAGAUUGAAGAAGAGAUGUUGACAUUGCAGAAUGAACGCACUGAAAGAAUACGAAGCCUGCUGGAGCGUCAAGCCAGAGAAAUUGAAGCUUUCGACUCUGAAAGCAUGAGACUAGGUUUUAGUAACAUGGUCCUUUCUAACCUUGCCCCUGAGGCAUUCAGCCACAGCUAUCCGGGAGCUUCUGGUUGGCCUCACAAUCCUACUGGGGGUCCAGGACCUCACUGGGGGCAUCCCAUAGGUGGCCCACCACAAGCCUGGGGCCAUCCAAUGCAAGGUGGCCCUCAGCCAUGGGGUCACCCUUCUGGGCCAAUGCAAGGGGUACCCCGAGGUAGCAGUAUGGGAGUCCGCAAUAGCCCUCAGGCUCUAAGGCGGACAGCUUCCGGGGGACGGACGGAACAAGGCAUGAGCAGAAGCACGAGUGUCACUUCACAAAUAUCCAAUGGGUCACACAUGUCUUACACAUAAUAAUUGAGAAUGGCAAUUCCGCUGGAGCUGUCCGCCAAAAGAAACUGCCUACAGACAUCACCCCAGCAGCCUCCUCACUUGGGUACUACCGUGUGGAAGCUGAGUGCAUGUGGUAUAUUUUAUUCAUUUUUGUAAAACGUUCUGUUUUGUGUUUACUAAUUGGGAUGUAAUAGUAUUUGGCUGCUGGGUUUUGUGUUUUGUUUUGUUUUUAACUUUUGGAGAAAUUUUCUGAAAUGGGGAAUUGGUGUAUAUGUGUGUUUAUCAAAUACACACAGACACACACACAUAUAAUGCAUGUGGUAAAAAGAAACUGGCUAGAUUUGGGGUAUUUUCUGAAAACUGCAAAAACAGAAUCCAGCAAAGUGGCUUGAGUCAUCACUUUUGGGCAACUCUAUCCUAAGAAAUUUGUGAAAAGAUCUAAAGCCUUUCUCCAUAUACCCCACCCAGGUUCUUAUGAGCCACUCACAGCAGGCAGCAUAUGCUUAAGCAAGUUAUUAUGGAAACACCUGUAUCCCCUCACCAAUAUAUUUUGUUUAUUAAAUUGGUCUGACUUUUGUUUAUUAAAUUGGCCUCAUUUGGAGUAAAAAAGAAAGUGGAAAUCCAUGAACACUAAAGAGUUGCACUGACUUUUUCAGAGAGUAGAAGACAACCCAAUUCUUUUUCUGAAUGCUGCAAGUUUGUCAGUGAUUUUUUUUUUUUUUUUGUCCAUUCAAUUGUGCCUUCUUUGUGGCAUGGUGAGAUGGAGGUGCUUCAGGGGAUCACAAGUUUUAUGGGAAUUGCUUCACCAAACCUGUGAGCCUCCAAAGGGGAAGACAAAAAGGGUGAGAGGGGCCCCUGAAAGCUCAUGCGAUGGGUAUGUGCAACAGCAGAGUGAGGAGUUGAAGCCUAUAUAUAUCCUGACGUUUUGUUGCUUAUACUGUGAUAUCUCAGCUAAGCUCUGUUAACUUCUAAGACCCCAGACAGUACUUUUACUUUGUUUAUACAAAAACAAAGACAUAUAGCCAAUACAAAUCAAAUGCCAAAAGGUAUUUGAAUGAUGCCGUAUUUACGGAACACAUUGGAAUUCUCAUUACACUUCUUAGAUAAUUCAAUUACCCCCUUUUGGCUUAUGGGAUUUCCUGUUUACAAGUAGAAUAGCGAAUUAUUUAAGUGCUUAGUUGCCAUAGUGAACCAGGAGUCACUGAGCCAGUGACUUUGCCAGCUGCUGACUAACCCUCAGCACCACAGUAGGUUUUGCUGCAUGUGCAGGUCCUCUUUUUUUUUUUUUAUUGCUGUUUUUGUUGCUGCAAUACUUUACAAAUUUCUAGUUCCUUGAGACUUAGUGACUGUUUGGCAUCAUGUUAUCAUCACACCACAGAAAACACCACUUCCAGAAGUCUGAAGCCUCUGUGCUAAAGUACUACUGAAAAGGAACUAGCAAGUUUGGUAAAUUAAAAAAACAAACAAACAAACAAAAACUAAAGUGAGCUACAGUGGUCAGGAAAUCUCUUGACUAAAGCUAACUUUUUUUGUUCCAGAGAGGGGUGUGUUUUGUUUUGUUUGUUUUGUUUUGUUUUGCAAUGAAGGACCACCCCAAUGCUGACAGUCGGGUGUGACUUGGUGUCCCAUCCGUCAGUGUGGAGACUGAGCUGCAGUUGGGUGGGGAGCCAUGAAUAUGAAUUGAAGGGAAAAAAUGUCCUUUCCAGUGAGCUCUCAAAGUUCCUUUAGGUUACUGUCCUGCCCUCUCCCCAGCUGUCUUGAAGAACCAGAGGCCCUGCUGCUGCCUGAUUCCUGCUUUUCACAGAGGGCUUCAAGGUAGAAUUCUCCAAGGCCCUCUCAGUGAUACUCUCCACCUAGACCAGACUAAUCACCAUUGAAAUCUUGGUUUUCUCAACCAAUUUAAGUCUUCUCCUGGUAUGUCAGUCCAGUCUGCCUGAAUCCACCCCUUUAGGAGUUUCUAUCAUUCCUUUAAAGGUAACUGGAAGAAAAAUUCGUAUUUUAAUGUAAAUAUUUUUAAAGCCAAGAUCGCAGUAGAAUUCAGACACAAUUUUAGACAGUGUUUCAGGUAGCACUCUGGUCCAUUGUCCUCUUGGCCGUGGUUGAGAUCACCAGUUUUUAGGUGAACAUAACAUGUACUUGUAUCUAUUGAAAGGGACUUUUAAUUUUUUCAAUAUCUCUUCUGCAUUCAAAUAUUGCACAGUAUGUCAGACAAAUUGAGAUAUCUACAUGUUUAGAGGAAAAUAAUAGGACCACGCUCUAGAAUUAAUAAAAUUUCCAAAAAUAUAAUGGAAUUUGAUAGCUUUUAAAAAAUUCUUACUAGAUUUGGCUCUUUUACACUACUGAAGCAGAUCAGUUUUCCAUAUAAAACUCUUUAAAAUCAAAAAAAUGACCAAUAAUACAUAUUAAAGUCCAUAAAGGACUUAAAUUAGUCAAAUUGAGUUACUGAGUUGAUGCAGAGUAUAUGUACUUGUAAAAUCGUGAUUGAAUACUGACUCCAAAUGUCUGUCCAGUAGGGCUUUGUAUCAGAUUGAGUUGUGUGGCAACCAGUUUUACAUCACUGUACCUGGAUUAUUCCAUUAAGUUAAUUUGAAUUAAAAUACAUAUAGUUUGCAAAAAGAUUCAAAUUAAUUCAGAUUUAACAUUCAGAUUGGUUUGUGUGUGUUUGUAAGAUUAACUUCUGAGGAAUCUCAAUCGUGGUAGGAAUCAUCAAAGAGUAAAAGCAGGAAAAUUGGAAGGAUUUUGAAAGAUCCUAAAGAAAGAAGCAGGCACUUUCUCAAUCAGUGCUUAAAUGUCAACCUUUGAUUAAAUUAAUACUACCUCCUCCCCAGUGUUGGUGUUCACUUAGUAUAUAUGUGUUUAAGAAAAUAAAAAAUAUGGGAAAUUUGUCCAGCAUAUCAGAAAUCUGUAAAUGUUAUAUCUGGUAUCCAGAACUUGGCAGUAAAAUGUUGUGUUUACUCUCUCUCCCUUUUUUUAAGUUAGCAUUUUGAAAAUGUAAAACCUCAUGCCUUGAGAUAUUCCUUAAUUGGGUUCCCUUCUUUUGAUACAUAUUUUUUUUCUCCCUUUAUUAAAAUCAGCUGUAUUCCCAAAUUACAGUAUCUACAGGCAUUUUCAUUGUUACAUAAGGUUAGCUGGAAAAUGUAUUUAAAUUAUUUGUAUUCAGAGCUGCCAUUCUUUUUAGUAAUUUCUGUACCUAGAGAUGAAUAGCCCUGCAUUUGAAGCCACAUCCACAGGUAUAAUAUGCUUGGUACUCUAGGCCAAGGAUUUAUCAGUAAAUUGAACUUUUUAGCAUAAUCAUUAUGAUGUUCAGCUUCCUGGACAUCAGGUAAACACCACUCAGCACACUAAGAAACUGUCCUUGACUCUCCUUCCCACUCCCACCUUUUUCCUCACCCCCUUUUCAAAACUCAAAAACUCUAUUAUGAGUGUCUUUUUCAGACCAUAAGGCAGACUUUAGUAACUUUCUGCUUUAAGUACUAAAUGUCUGGCAUUUUAAACUUUUAUAGAGUACAUUGUGUUGGACACUGGAAUAAUACUCUUUAUUUUCACCUGUGAAAAAUGACUUCAUUGUACUUGAAACACCUCUUUUGCAUUUCUCCAUUUGUGCCAUUCACUAGUGGAAAUAAAUUGUAUUAUACCAUGAUCUACUGGCUUUUUAAAAAACUGUUAAAUAUGCACAUUUUUGGUAUAGCUAUUAUCAUUUGUAUGUAUAUAUUGUAUAUACAUAUGAGUGCCUAUAUGUGUGUAUAGAUAGGUGAAUGUACCUCAUACUGUACAUUUCCAUCAGGGCACUUAAGGUUCUGUUACUUUGUUAUUUCAGUCCUCAGUUAAGGCAAGAAUGCAUGUGUUUGUUAAGAGUGAGUACUCUGGGUUGAUAUUUAUGAAAAGAUGGUCAUUAGAUGCUAUCUUUUCUUUUUCAAUACCCUCAACACUUGUGUGGGUGGAAAGAAAGUUUGGUAAAAUAUGGAUCCAUAAGUUGCAAUGCAGUAAAAUAGUACUGGGGAUGGAGCCAGUUAGUGUUUCCGUGGGUCUGUGUUGUGAUACAGUAAAAGAUAAGUGAUGCAGAGAGAAAUGAACCGUGGAAAUUGAAAAACACUGGUGGUGAUUCCUCUGCAAAGAUGAUAACCAAUCACAUAAUCUUCAUGUAUGCUAUCUAUACAUUUUUCUUAGUGUUGCCAUUGAUCCUUGUACUUUCUGUACUCCAUUAAUACUAAUAAUUAAAAAUUUUGCUGAGGACCAAAACAGCCAAGAAAGGAAUUACUGCUAAGGCAUCUAAGGUUCUCCUAAACUUAAGUCAACAGGCAGUGGCCACUGGGAGAGAGGGAUAUGGUAUUGGCCUGGGGUUUUCUCUCUCUAGCUGCCUCUUCUUGCUUGCUAAUAGUUCUUCGUGCAUCUCCCACCCCUUCUGAGCCACUACUAUACAAGUACAGAUUUGGCCCAACAGCAGCCCUUUCCUAGGAAUUUUAUAUGGUCCUGCAUAUUUUUGUCCCAUUCUCGCAAUGUGAAGUAUCUAGUGUGUAUACAAGUUUGGAAAUAAUAUGUUUAAGUAUAAAGUAUGAAUAUUAGUGAUGUAAGGAGGUUCUUGUUCUUUAGAUAAACUUCUUCCUCUAAGGAAAAAAGUCACAUCUUGGGCUGCCAUCUCUGAGAUGCUUACCAAAAUACAGAUCAUUAUUAAAGAAAAACAAAUUCACUAUUUUGUUUUUUUCUCAUCUAACAUGGUAGUACUCCAACCAGUUUGUAGCAUUGCCUUUGAAAAGGCACUCUAAGUUGGUAAUAACUGGAAGUUUCCCAUGCUCAGAUUCCUUAAAAGGAUGAAGAGUGUGCUAUACAUUUAGCAGACUUGCCUCUAGUGUACAAGGACUACUGAUUGAAGUCUAUUUUGCUGUGUGUCUGGUUAUGUUGUCUGCACUUUUAUGAAAUCACUGCAAUAGGUCUGCAUUGGAAAUGACUCUUUGUGAGGAAGUAAUUUUAUUGAACACCAUCUAGAAAAAGAAAUCGAAGCUGGCAACUCUUCCUUUAUUGUGCAUUUAUAAUUUUUACUGAAUUCUAGGAGCCCUCUUUAAAGUCACAUUGACUAAUUUUUCCCUCAUUUAUAUUCAGAUUUACAAAAUCUCACUCAUACAAGGGAAGAGAAACCAUUUGGCCUAAUGGUUGUCUUCAGAUCACAAGAAAUAGAAAAUAUGCACCUUAUCUGCCUGUUGUGGUUUUCUAAAACUUGCACUUCCCUCCCACUCACCCAAAAAUAGAUGGUCCUUAAAGAAAAUACAGGCAGAGAAUUCAAACUGGGGAGCCAUUUACUAUGUCACCAUCACUGUUACCUGUUUCCCAGCAAUCCUGAGGUUUCAGAGAUUUUUGUGUGUGUGUAUGUGUCUGAUUAUUUUGGGUUUGUUUUGUUUUUAAAUAUACAAGAGAUUCUUCUUACAUAGAGAAAAAGGUUAAUCCUCUCUGAAACAGGAUGCCCACUGGAUAUACUAGUCUGGACAUCUGUAGGUAGUUUGCCAAGAAAAGUGGAGAGAAGGUGAGACUUCUGAAUGAAUGAAAAGGGUAUCCUGAUGCCCAAGGAUUCCCCCCAAAGUACGGGUAAUUCAACCUGCACAGUUUCCUUUACACUCAUAGUUUUUAGCAAUUGUGAGUGAAAAGUCAUGUAAUUAUCUGUAAAUAUGUAGCUAAUAAAUUGACCUAGUUUCUGUAUUUUUUUGUUUUUGUACUAAAAUUUAUAAGUCUGUGCCAGCUAGAGAGGAGUUGCUGUCAUUGCCAGAUGUGGUCGUAGCAUCGAACCCUGAAACCAUCCUAGGUGACAUUUUUAGAAUUAAUGCUUAAAUGUUAAACAGGGGGCAAUGAAGCUUAAUCAUUGGUCAGGUUUUAAAUAUUUUGAAGUGCAGUCAUUUUAUUUAAUAUACCGAUUACAUGUCCUGAAUCAUGAAUGAGGUAGGAAGCCUCCCUCCCCCAGUGGCCAUGUUUACAGAAGUGUGUUUUAUCUAUAAAGUAUAAGAGUUUUGGUGUUUGUAUAAAUGAUGCAGGUGAUAACAUUAUGGCUUGAAACUGUUCAUUAGGCUCUCUAGCUGAAUUUGUAAAUGAAAUUAAUUAUGCUUGUUGCUGGCACAUUGAUCCCAUUUCUGGAGCAUUUUUUUUUUUCCUGUUUUCAGAAUUACAUAUGUUCCUUUGUCAUUAUCCCCAUUUACUCCUUCUCUGAUAGGUCCUAUAGCCUAAGGUAUUAAAGGCUGGUGAACAUAGGUGAGGGAAAUGCAUUUUUAAACAUCCAUAAACCCUCAUUUGUAUGCUUUCAGUACCCAUGUUUCUCUGGCAACUCUGAGGUCAGUGGAAUUUAGAAAUGAGAUACCAGUGUUAUUGAAAAGUGUGUGCUCUUUGCUUUUGCAUGGCGGGCUUAGCAUCAAAGGUAUAUUAGGGCCACCUUAGCAUAAAGACCAGUGGUAUGGGAACAGGUUUCUCUCAGUGGCAUAUUUUGCUUUUCCUGAGCCCUCAAAUACAUUGCCUCAGCAUGAACAUUAUUGUUACUAUAAAUCGCUCAUGGUCAUGGAGUCAAUUAUGUGAUUAAAAAGGAUGUAACUGCUUAACAUUUGCAGAUUCUGGCUGGUCCAUGUGACUGGCACAUACAGACAAACCUGGGGUGGGCAGGUAUUGGAACCCUUCUAACCCUUUUUUCUCUUAUCAAGUUUAAGAUGUUGGCUGCCCUCGUGUUUGCCAGAUAGCUCUAUUUGGUCCCCAUUCCAGAUAUGUUUCCUUGCAUUUCAUAAUUCAAAGAAACCAUCACCCAUUCUCCCCAACAGCAUUUUGUAUGUUACACCUUUUAUUGCACAUUAAAUGGGAGUUGUGCCUACUUAGAGUGCCCCUCCAAUCAAUUACAUACACAUGUCCAAAAAUAAUCCAAGCCAGAGACACAAGGUGGGAAAAAAACCCCACUUAAGCCAGUAAUUUAUCUGAGAAGGUAUUUUACACGUUGUCUUCACACUUGACAUAUGAGCCUUAUAGGAGGAGUGCAGGUGGUCUCAUAGAGCAAGAUCAAGGUGGAGAGGGACGUAUGGGGUUUCCAUUAGGAGGUCAUUUUGUUCUUACUGUACCUUUCCUUGCUACGGUCCUUCUCUACUAUGUUAGAAUAGGUUUUCUCCAAAUUUAUUUAGUUUUGUUUUUUAUAUUUUAGGAAAAUUUUUACAAAAGCGAUGUUCUGAUGUAAAUAGCAUUUUAAAGUAUAGUGCACAUAACUUCUCCAGACUAUUCCAACCUGAUAAUUUGUAAAUGCUUUAGAGUUUUUUUAACUAACAAACAUUUUUGUUGCUAAAUCCUAUUUACAUAAGUCUGCUCAAGUUUUUAACCCACUUAAAACUUAAGACAUUUAGUAAUGGAUGGGUUACUCUGAGCAGUUUAGCUUUCAGAACCCCCUUGUUUUAGUAUAUGAAAAAGAUAACUGUGCAUUAAUGAGGUUGGAGAGACUAUGAGAAAUAUGUAUAGUGUAUAUUUUAAAAAACAGCUUUGCUUGUAUUGUGAAGAUUUAAAAACAAACUUGAGAUUUUUAAUGUAACUAUUAACACAGUUUUAACAUAAGUUAUCCCACUGGGUUUAAGAGCAUCUUGAAUGUAUAAUCCUUUUUGUAACCCAGGUUGGUUUCUGCUUUUACCAGUCAUCCAAACAUAUUAUUUAUGUCUUUAGUUUUAUAUACUCAUUUCCUUUUGUUUUCCUCAAUCAGCAUGAUUUUUUUGCACAUGUAUUGUAGAAAUUUUUAAAAAGAAAAACUAAUACAUCAUUUCCUAUGGAUUUUCUUCACUCCUGUCUUCCUUUCUUUAAGCCCUUUCCUUAUAGGCCAUAUUGCUCCAUUUGCAUUAUUUGUGCAAAUGCCAGGGUUGGUUUUUAUUUUUAUUUUUGCUAUUUACCUAAAAAAAGAAAAAUGCUUCAGUCAAUUGCUUUUUUAUUUAAAAAAAAAAAGGAAAAAAAGCUGUAACCUUAUCAUUUCUGAGUAGACCAUUGAGAAAUGAAUGCACACCUGUAGUAGCACACACCAGCUUUGGUAGCUAAAGGGAAUAUUUUAACUAAGUAAGAGGUUCUUUUCUAAAAGUGGUAUAUAUUACUCACAGUCUCUUUCAGUUAUUCCCACAAGUCAGGGGUCCAGAUAAAAAUGAGGGUUAUCAGCUAACUGAUAUGUUAUCAUUGAGGUUCAUCGAUGAAUUUGUACAUUUCUAGUUCCCUUUGGUGAAGGGGAAAUGAUGAUUUUGCAAGACCUAGGUUUUGGCUUGGUUUCUUGCCUCCUUUUUUGGCAGCCUUCAUCUCAUCUUCCAAAGCCCUUGAGCCUGUAGGGUUUUCAUGGUUGACGAAGGAUGUACGCUCUUUUAAAACUAAAACUGAUUUUUUAGAGAAUAUCAUGUUGAAAGUGACAUUAUGCCACUUUACCGAUGGCUAAUUUUAAAUAUACACAGUCCUCUCAAUUUUCAGACCAAACAGAUGCCCACAGUGGAGGCUUAUCAAGGGUUGCAAUGAGGAAGAAGCCUCUCCCUCACUGUCAGCACCAGCUGGUAAAGGUGACUGUACAGAUGUGCAUUUUCCUUUUGGUAGAAAUGGUCCGCAGCACUAAUUGGUAAGGCUUAUUGUACAGUAUAUUGUCAGUAUUCUUCUGGUUCAACAUACCUUAUAGUUCAUAUAUAACCUGUAUUAAUUGUAUAGAUUGUGCAUUUAAGCUGUUACCAAGUUGUCAGAACAUAAGAGCAAAAAGAAGGUCAUAUGUAAUAUUUUGUUUGUAAGUAUCCUUUGUAUCAUAGCAAAGGAAAUGUUUAAAAAAUCAACUGUAAUAAAGUAAUUUUAGUACA